CUCUCUUUCAAAAUCCAUCUUUUCAGAAAGGCAGAAGAACAGUGACUGGGACAGGCAGAGCUGGGGUGAUGGAGACAUCUCUCUGUGUGUGUCUAUCCUAGCAGUCUCUUUGGGAAGAACAUGGGCAGUGAUCGCUGGAAGAACAUUGGAGGAACCCCCCAGAUGGAAGAGACGGUGCAGGAGAAGUCCCAGAGAACAAGUUGCGGUUACAUCCUCUGCACUGUGUUGCUGUCCGUAGCCGUCUUGUUGGCCGUCACCGUCACUGGAGCCGUUCUGUUCAUGAAUCACUACCACGCUCCAUCUACGGAACCACCUCCGGUCAUUACCACCAACAUGGAAGACCCCAAUGCUUUGGUGACCAUCGAGAGGGCUGAUAGCUCUCACAUCAGUAUAUUCAUUGACCCCAAUUGCCCAGAUCCCUUCCCCAGGCUGGAAGGCCUCCAGUCUUCUCUGCUUUCUGCCUUGGCGGAUCACGAGUCAGCGCAGAAGGUGGCCGGAGGGAAGGAGAGGGCUCUGCUGUCAGGGUUAGCAGAUCAAGUUGCACAGAUGGCAUCACAAGUGGCCCGACAGCGAGCAGAUUGGGAAACCCUUAAGAAAGGGCAGAGUGGACUUGGAGCAGAGUUGGGAGCUCUGCAAAGUGAGCAAGGGAGACUCAUACAGCUCCUCUCAGAAAGUCAGAGCCACGUGGCACAGCUGGUCAGCUCAGUCAGCGAUGUCCUGGAGACGGUACAGAGAGAGGUGGGAUCAUCCCGACCCCGUCUCAAGGCAGACCUCCAACGGGCACCAGCCAGAAGUUCCCGACCUCGUGGCUGUGCCAAUGGUUCCAGACCACGGGACUGCUACGAUAUUUACAUGAGUGGACAACAAGAGGAUGGAGUAUACUCUGUGUUUCCCAUACACUAUCCAUCUGGCUUUCAAGUCUUCUGUGAUAUGACAACAGAUGGUGGCGGGUGGACAGUGUUUCAGAGGAGAGAAGAUGGCUCGGUGAACUUCUUCCGUGGUUGGGAACAGUACAGGGACGGCUUCGGGAAGCUGACAGGAGAGCAUUGGUUGGGCCUUCAGCGGAUUCAUUUCCUGACCAUGCAAACCCAUUACCAGCUCCGUAUCGACCUGGAAGACUUUGAUAACGCCACGGCCUACGCUCAAUACAACACGUUCGGGGUGGGUUUGUUCUCAGUCAACCCAGAAGAAGAUGGGUAUCCUCUUACUGCCUCCGACUACACCGGAACUGCAGGCGAUUCUCUUGGCAAGCACAGUGGCAUGAAGUUCACCACCAAGGACAUGGACAAUGACCACUCCGAGAACAACUGUGCCAGCUUUUACCACGGCGCCUGGUGGUACCGCAACUGCCACACGUCCAACCUGAAUGGGCAAUACCUGCGUGGCCACCAUGCCUCCUAUGCUGAUGGCAUUGAAUGGUCCUCUUGGACAGGCUGGCAGUACUCCCUGAAAUCCACUGAGAUGAAGAUCCGACCCUUGCGGGAGGACAAGUAAAACUGUUACGUCUCUCUCUCUUUAUUGGUGAGAGAACCAAGGGGAAUUUGUGACUUACAAGACUUCAUUGAGGCCACCAGGGUCCAUAAUCCGUGGCUGGGUGGGUCUAGCUGUUUAAUUUAUCCUACCCCAGAUGGCACAGAGUCUUUUGUGAAAUCUUAUUGUUGUGUUUAAAGCUUCUGUCUUGGACGUCUCACCAAAGGAUAUAAAGGGGAUAGAACAAAACUUACAAACAGGACAAUACAGAAUGUCUGUAGUGGCCAUUCAGGAGAAGACAGCGAUCAAACUGGAAGCUUCUCUGAGCUUCUUGUCUGCUACAGCAUGAAUUCAGAUGGAAAAGAGCUGGAGAACCCUCUACAGCCAACUAUAUGUUGAUCCAAGUCUUGAGGGCCAUUGAUACACACAAGACCACACUGGAUAUAGUUUUGACUUUUAAUGUAUUAGGUCGGCGGUGUUUUCUAUGGCGUCAGUAGUCACAUUUAUUUCUUAUAGACCCAGCAACAAAGUACCUUGCCACGUGUUGCUGGUGUGUCUUCUGAUUUGAUGUUUGAACCAAAGGCGAGACACUUUGCCUGGUGGGUGACCUUUAACAUUCUACUUGGACUAAGUAUCUCCUAACAGUCGCAUCGGUGUUCACCUCACAGUACUUGCUUUCUCGAGCUUUUAUCUUCUUUCACCUAAACUCCCGGACUUGGUUCGUGUAUUCGUUUCUGGAGUAGAAGGUGGCAUUGCACACACUGUGUAAAUUCUGUAAACAAUGUCAAAAAAAAAAAAAAAAAAAAAACACUAUCGUAAUUUUGUGCCUGGUCUACAACCUGAAUUCAAGGUCCCGGUUUGCAGAUUGGAACGUGCUGGACGAAUGCGGAACUUUCCAAAACCUUUGGAGUUGACAAAAUGAAGGAAUAGAGGAGCAUCGAGAUGGUUGGAUCCAAGCUAAACCGAGCUUCUAGGACAAAAUGAAUAUCGGGACCGUGUUGUACCAGAGACAUGAAACUCAUAAUAUGUAUCUGUUGCUGGCUUCUAUGUAUACUUUUUUUUUAUAUAACCUUAAGAAUUUUGAGGUUUUCUGGUGUCAAAACUCUGUCCUAUUUAAGAUUUUUUAGCACCUUGGAUGGCCUGUAUGUUUUACAAGGGAAGAAACAGGGCAUUGAGUGGGGUGUGCAUACAAAGCGUUGAGCCAAAAACUAACGGGGCAAUCUGUGACAUGCUUGUAGACAGGGCUGGACGAAUCUCAGAAAGCAGGUAGCUAUGGCUCCCGAAGCUCCUGGCUCCCAAUAUUCCGUGCCAUUCUUACAUUCCCAAUGGUUAUAUAAUCUUUUGUCUUACAUUCCAUCUCAAAUCUCUAAAAAAAUAAAACGAACUUCAUAGAUUCGUCCGGUGCUGCUUACGGAAGCGUUGAAUUUGCCUGCACACAUGAUGCAUGGAAGACAAAUGUUGAUACAUGAAUAGACACUUUGUAACAGGUCCUCUGCUGAUCUCCUCUUUCAUGUAGAGCUUACUUUGGGAAUAAACUAAACAUGGUAACAUA